AUGCCGGUGUUUCUCUGGGGGGAUAAGGAUAACAAAAAGUAUAACUCAUCGUACUUUGAACGAUACGAACAUAUCUGUGUUUGGGCCCAGCAUGACUGGAUCAGUGUGAACCCAGUGACGAAGGGUAUUUCAAUGCAUGGAAGAAGUGAUGGUGUGUUGAAUCCAUCAGGAAUCCGCUUUGGUAGUGCUGAGAUCUAUGCGAUAUCUGAGGGACCUCAAUUCAACACCGAGAUUGAGAAUACCCUCUGUGUUGGAAGACGCCGUGUAAAGGACAAAGACGAGGAAGUCUUCCUUUUCGUCAAGAUGAGAAAUCAAGCUCAGAACAGACUGACUCCUGAACUGGAGCAGCGGUUAAGACUAGCAAUACGGACCAGUCUAUCGGCACGCCAUGUACCCAAGUUCAUUGUGCAGGUUCCGGAGAUACCUAUGACUAUCAAUGGGAAGAAAGUCGAGAUUGCGGUCAAGAAGAUUAUCAGCGGGAACAAGGUGCAAGUCAGCGCGACAGUGGUGAACCCGAAGGCACUGGAGUUUUAUGAACAAUUUUAUGAACUUGAAGCACAACCGAAGGCUAAACUGUGA